CCGUAUUCACCACACACGGUAACUUCCGCAAUUGCUGCGGGUGACAACAAACCGGAGACCCGACAUCACUGAUAAAAAUAAGACCUCUCUUCACCGAACACCCGGCCCGUUAUGGAAUGGAGAGCCCGAAUCGGGUGAAUGAUUUCUUGGGACGGAGCGAGACACAGAGGAUCAGCGCGUGCGGGAGGACACACCUGCAUACAGGUGUCUGACGGUACUGCUCGCGGUCCACUGGACCGGCUGUGCGCUCUCACCCGAACCCUCUGCCGGUUACCGUGUUCCCUGUUGCAGGCUCUUCUUCUGCUGCUCGUGUGGCUGUACCGGCCCUUCCGCCAGGUCAUGGCGGCCAAAGCCAAAGAUCACGGGUCCGAGAGCUGUGAUGAGACCGGAGAGCAGAUCCGAAACUAUCACAAACAAGCGUUUGAGUAUAUUUCUGUGGCUCUACAGAUCGACGAGGAAGAUAAAGGUGAUAAGGAUCAAGCCGUGCAGUGGUACAAGAAAGGCAUCACUGAGCUGGAAAAGGGCAUCUGUAUCCAGGUCACUGGAACUGGCGAGAAGGCAGACAGAGCAAGACGCCUUCAAAAAAAGAUGAUCAACAACCUCGAAAUGGCCAAAGACAGACUCAAGCUUCUGGCACAACUGCAGUCUCAAGCAGAGGGAUGCUCAUACCCCACUAGUCUUCCCCUCACCAACGGGAACCUGCGGGCAGGUAGUGGAACUGUUUCUAAAAGGAAAGAUGCCACCCCAUUGCGUCCCAAAAACCCACCCAAAUCCUCUCACGGUGCACCUGCAGCUGGGCUGCACCGCACGCCUUCAGCCAGUCAGACCGGCAGGAACGGGGCACAGAAUAACCAGAAGGGUCCCUCCACAAGAGUAGGUAACAGACCCAACAGCAAAGCUACCCAAGACACCACAGCAUCGCCCCAGAGGAAACGAGACAUGAAGAACUUCAAAAACGUGGACAGCAAGCUGGCUAACCUCAUCAUGAAUGAAAUAGUGGACAGCGGCUCUUCAGUGAAGUUCGAUGAUAUAGCAGGACAGGAGUUGGCGAAACAGGCCCUGCAGGAGAUCGUGAUACUGCCUGCGCUACGUCCAGAGUUGUUUACUGGUCUCAGAGCUCCUGCAAGAGGUCUUCUUCUCUUCGGACCACCUGGGAAUGGGAAGACCAUGCUGGCUAAAGCAGUCGCAAUGGAAUCUAAUGCCACCUUUUUCAACAUCAGCGCUGCCAGUCUGACCUCAAAAUGGGUGGGAGAGGGUGAGAAACUUGUUCGAGCUUUAUUUGCGGUUGCUAGGGAACUACAGCCGUCAAUCAUCUUCAUAGAUGAGAUUGACAGUUUGCUGUGCGAGAGGAGAGAGGGAGAGCACGAUGCCAGCAGAAGACUUAAAACUGAGUUUCUCAUUGAGUUUGACGGAGUGCAGUCAGGUGGAGAUGAUCGCGUUUUGGUAAUGGGAGCCACUAACAGGCCUCAGGAACUUGAUGAGGCCGUACUUAGGCGAUUCGCGAAACGGAUUUACGUGGCUUUACCUACAGAGGAGACCCGUUUGAAGCUUCUUAGGAACCUCCUGAGUAAACAUGGAAACCCAUUAAGUCAAAAAGAGCUCAGCCAGUUAGCCAAGUUGACUGAAGGUUAUUCUGGCAGUGAUUUGACCUCAUUGGCUAAAGAUGCAGCACUUGGUCCAAUCCGAGAACUGAGGCCUGAACAAGUGAGGAACAUGAAGGCAAAUGAGGUGAGGAACAUUCGAUACUCAGAUUUUAUCGAUUCUCUGAAGAGGAUAAAGCACAGUGUCAGUUCUCAGACGCUGGAACUGUACGUCCGCUGGAACCGAGAGUAUGGAGACACAACCGCCGUAUGACCUCCGCAUGUGAUUUUUGACCUUGUGGUCUUGUGGGAGAAAGAAGCAAACGGCUAUUUUUACAAAGAAUUGUCGAGUGGUUUCUAUUAUUUUAGCCGUUCUGCUAUGGAGACAUGUGAAGCUCAGGGUGUGAUCUUACAUUGGCUGUUUCGACUGAAUUACACCCUGAUCUUGAAAUCUUAGACAAUAUGCAAAGCAACAGAUGCUUGGCAGCGUUUUUCAUCUAAUGCUCUUUUUCUACAAAUCUCAGAUUUUUCAGAAACGUUUUCUUGCGCGCUUUUUCUGCACUAUGAUUCAUUUCAUGUAAAGCACUUGUUGAAGAAGAGUCUGUAUUGUGUGUUAGAUGUGGUUGUUCUUUGUGAGUUGAUUUGUGUGUUUUGCUGCAUGUAACUUCCUCAGAUGGUUGUUU